UAAAUACAUACCUUAUGUAUCAAUAUAAGUAUGCUCUCUCGAUUUGACGUGUAGUAGGAUAGUAGUGGAACCUUUAAGUAGAACACUAUUUGCGAUAGCAAUCAGUUGUGUAUAGUUCCUCAGAGUGAAAGCAGUGGAAUCGAAGCAAUCAUUAGUCACCAUGGAUUUCUAUUACCUCAUCGAAUCUGCACCUUGUCGUUCCAUUCUCAUGCUCGCCAAAAAAUUGGGCCUUGAAUUGAAUCGAAAGAUAUUGAAUUUACAGAAUGGUGAGCAGUUAACACCUGAAUUCCUGAAGAUCAAUCCCCAACACACCAUCCCCACUCUGGUGGACAAUGGUUACUCGGUUUGGGAAUCACGUGUCAUACUCAUCUAUCUGGCGGAGAAAUACGGCAAAGAUGAUUCGCUCUACCCAAAAUGCCCACAAAAGCGAGCUCUUGUCAACCAGCGCCUAUUCUUCGAUCUCGGCUUGUAUGGAUCCUUUGCUGAUUAUUACUAUCCCGUCGCUAGGGAUAAGCAGGCGCCAGUGCCAGAGCGCUUGACAAAGCUCGAAAGUCAAUUGGAGUUUUUGAAUACAUUCUUGGAGGGACAAACAUAUGUGGCCAACAAUAGCUUGUCCAUUGCCGAUUUCACUUUGUAUGCCUCCGUCUCGACGUUUGAGGGUUGCGGUAUUGAGGUGAGCAAAUAUCCAAACAUCGUUAGAUGGAGUGAACAUCUCAGCAAAACUUUGCCCGGUGCAGAUGAGAAUAAAGAAGGCUGUGAUUUGUUUAAGAAAUAUUGGUAAUUGGAUUUUCAUUUGCGAUUCACAUAUGAAUUGUGGAAUUAUGGGAAAUUUGGAAUGUUUCAAUUCAAAUAUUAAUAAUACUUGCAUAUGUAUGUUACAGUUAUAUACAUUAAUUAUUAUAAUCAAUUUGUGACUUAUCAAUUCAUUUUAUAUAAAUAAAUAAACGCCGAGUACAUUCUAA